AUGUCGGCAGAAGAAGUUAAGAAUCUGUAUUUUGAGCACUUGACUGAGUACCAGGUCGCGCACAAGAAGUCACUCAAAAGCGUCAAAGCGGUUGGAGAAGCCGUACGUCAGUGGGCAGGCUUGCUACAGUACCCCACGGAGUUGGAGAUACCCAGCAACGGCGUGCAGGCGAUCCCCCAGCUGCCCGUAUUCGACGACGGGCUACUGUGUCAACUCAAACCAGAGACAUGCCAACUAGUAUUCCGCAGCCCAAAGACGCUGAAAGAACAUUGGCGUACGACACAUGGGUGGUCAGCUGGAAAGAAAUGCGGACGCCCCAGCCGGACCCAGGCAAAGACGUUACAGGCCCAGCUCAAAGAUGGCUGCAAGCGUGUAUACUGCCAACGACUGUUCGGCAGUCGGCACAGAUCGCAAUACUUUGAGGUGUGUCACAACCCAGACAGCGGUCUGCAACCCGUCCCUGUUGAGGGCGAGGCGGCGUGGGCGCGCGUGGGCGAGGAGAUGGCCAAGACGUGGGCCAACGUCGAGGACCGAGCGAAGACAACGAUCAAAGACGGGGAGAAGGACGAGGCGGCUCCAUGGCUGGAGCGGACUGGGUGGCUGCUGUACUUGAACAAACUGGAUCGUUCUGAAUUGCUGGCGAGCAUCGAGGAGCCCAACAUAGACCCAGAGAAAGAUGAGGAGCCUGUCGAGGCUGCGAUUUGGAGCGCGAUGGAUGGACUGGCCCGCGUGAGCCAGACGUCGGUCAUCAAGCGGACAGGCAUAUUCGUGCGCAUGGAGGCCAUUCGUACGGAGAAGCACCAGACUAGGUACACGCCGCUGCAGGCGUACAUGGACGACAAGUCGAUCAAAGAGCGGUCACGCCCGUGGAAGCAGAUACUGAUGUUUUUCGCACGGACGCAGAGGGAGCACCGUUGGAACAGCCCCAAGUACCGCUUCACACAGCAGCAGCGCGAGGCGUGGGAGGCAUUGAUGGAGCAGGCAGAGAGAGACGUAGGCGGGGCAGAUAUGGAGAUAGCGGACGGGGACCAGGACGAGGACAGGGAGGAAGAGGAGGACGAGAUGAUGAUCAAUGAGCUUGACGACGAGCAGAACACGUCCAAAUGCGAAAAUGAGCCUGAGCACGCGAAGCUGAGACUGAUCGAAAAAGCGUGCUUGGACUUUUGCAUCGCGCUGCUCCAACAGACCAUCCGCCGCAAGGAGUACGACUGCGCGUUGGUGUGCGCGUUGGCUGUGCUCGGCGUCAAAGAGGACGGCUGGAAGGGCCCUGAGCUGUACCCGCCAAUCUUGUCGUCCGUGAUCAAAAUCAGCCGUUUCAUGGUCGUGCAGCACGCACUGGAGCUGUCCGAGCCGUUUGAAGAGCAGGCGUUCGACGACAACAGCGCGUACGGGGGGAGCGAUAGCGGCAGCAGUUCCCCCAGUCAGCGUCAACCAAAAGGCUGCUUGGAGUUCGUGCAGCAGAUGAUGGACAGAUUCAUGGUGCGAGGGAGCCACAGCCCGAUGCAAUGGAUGCUCGACUUGCGCACGUACGGGCUGAAGGUGCACUACAACACCACGUCGCGCGGCCACGUCGAGUGGAUGGGGAAGGAUGAGCUGCUGUACAAGAACUUGCACUUCACUAUGGCCCAGUUCCGCGGCAUGGUGCACGGUAUGCAGGCUGAGGCCAAGCGAAUACUGGUGGAGGAGCUGCUGUUUUGCGGCGAGCAGACAGCAGGUCAAGUGCCCCAGAUUCCAUGGGAGCAGCUGCGCGACAACCCGACUGAUGAGCGGCUAGGGUGGAACUUUUUGAAGGACCACCGCACGCGCAUGCCUGUAGAUGGGGAGAAGUGGCUGUUUGAGCGCGUAGGCCAGGACGCCAGCGUUAGGGAAAGGUUCAUCAAGCCAGGAACCCGUUCAGGCAUCAACUAG